UUGCUUAAUUUGCAGACACUAAGUGUUGUCAAUGUAUAACAUUUAAUAGGGAUUAGUACAGUGCUCUGUAUGAGUAUGAAAAGUAUAAGAAAUUUAUCACAGUUUUCAAUACAUUAUUGAUACUUAAAAUUGCAACAUGUUUUCAAGAUUAAAAGGGUUUCUGAAUCGCCAUAAACGUAAAUUUAUUAUUGGAGGUGUUGUGAUAGGAGGAUUUGUUUUUAUUACGAGGUAUACUCAAAGGAAACUUUGGGAAUUGCAUGCAAAUCAAGUACGAGAAGUGAUAGAACGGUUAAGGAGGAAGCAACAUUUUGAAAGUACCGAGAGAACAUGUAAUCAAACAAUAUUAUCACUUGCCAUCAGUUUGAGGGAUUCCGUAUCAGAUGCUUUAAAUACCGAGGAAGUCCUAAACCAGCUCAGAAAUGGUUGUAACGUUAAAGUAGUUGCAUGGAACAAUUUGAAAGUCCUGGCAUUUUCAAGAUCUGCUGUACAUAUUUACGUAAAUGCUAUGCUGGUUGCUACGUUAAGAAUUCAGCUGAACUUGUUGGGAGGGUACUUGUUCAAAGAUUCUCAGAAUUUACAGGGUGCAAUUAAAAUAAAUGAGAUGAUACAACAGAGGUAUUUAUGUCUUUGCAUAUAUUUUAUGGAAGAGGGCGUGCAGAAAUUAAGUUCAUUUAUAAAAGAAAAAGUUGAAGAGGUAGUAGCAUCAAAAUCGCUCGCGGAAAAGCUAUCUGUAAGAGAUUUAGAACAGAUUUAUUGGGCUAUUGUGUCAUCAGUCUCGGCAGAUUCUUCUCGAGAACCUGUGAAAAAUUUGACAUCUUAUAUGUUACCACCAAACUGUGAAAGAGAAUCAGAAGGUAUUAUGUUAAAGCUGAUAAACGAAACUCUGGAUCUUUUAGAAAGUGAAGAAGUUCAGAAUCUAAUCCGUAACAGUGUCAGAAGUGGAUUCGUUUUAGCGAUAGAUCACAUCUCAGAAUAUUUUACUGAAACUAUUGCAAUGCCUAAUGGAUCCGCAUCAGUGCCAGCACCAUCGAAUCAAACGAACGAACCAUGUACAGAGUCAGUGGACAAUUCUAUGGAUGUUGCACGUUAUACCUAUGAAUUUGUAAACUUACAUAACAUCACUAUGCCACUGGCCAAAAUCAUUCCGAUCAUUCAUGGACAAGUUCAAAACAUUCAAACAAAAGGGGACAUUCCCUCUGAUUGGAUGGAGCGCCUUAUUCUAAAUGAUAAGCUCAAGAUUCUUGGAGCAAAUGUUUAUGAAGCAUUUAGUUUCUAAGUGCAUACACGAGUGUAAUAUUGUCAACGGGUAUUAGCACGAUAAAACAUAAACAGAGCCUUUAAACGUUAAUUCAACGAUUGAUUACCUUAAAAUGGUUAAAAUAAGUAAGAAGUUAUCACAUAUAAGUAAUUAGAAAUAAUGUUUUCUAAGAAGCAGUUAGGUGUUGGUUUUACUACGAAUAACAGUUCCUGUUCCCUCUGCAACAUCUUUAAAAGUGUAUCGGUACUAUGGAUAGUAGAUGCAAUUUUCAAUGCUAUGUAAGAAACAAUUAAGCAUGAAUUCUCCAAGAAAUUCAAUAAAAUAUGUCUUGUGAUAUAUUAAUAAAAUUAGUAUCCAAACAUUAUAAUAUAUUAUGACACUGUGGUAUCGCACUUUCUUUAAUUAUUCUAAUUGGUUUUCUUAUUGAUGUGUAAUAAAAUACAUUUUGCCAAAGGA